AGGCGGCUUUGGGUUGGGGAUGCUACAAGUACACGUUCCUUCCGUGGGGCCGGAGGCUGCGGACCCCGAGAGGAGCCUGGAGAAAGGCCAUAUGGUGUUCAGGGUGGAAGUCCUCUGCAACGGGAGAAGGCACACCAUUCACCGGCGCUACAGCGAGUUCCAUGCCCUGCACAAGCAGAUUAAGAAGUCUUGCAAAGUGCCCGACUUUCCCCCCAAACGAGUGCCUAACUGGAGGCCCAAGGUUCUGGAGCAGCGUCGACAGGGAUUAGAGGCUUAUAUUCAGGGUGUGCUGUAUCUCAAUCAGGAAGUCCCCAAGGAGAUGCUGGAAUUUCUGAAACUUCGACAUUUCCCUUCAGACCCUAAGACCAGCAGCAUGGAAAUCAAUCCCCAACAUGGUGGUGAGUGGAGUGUUACAGGGCUUCUAUGGCUACAGCGGAUGCACCACUGUAACCCAGCUGAAGGACUCCCAUUUCAUACCAUCCCAACUGCAUCCGGGACCCUGAGGGGAGUAAAACUGUCAACCAGACCUCCCUGUAGCACCCUGACCCUUGGCUGAGGGGGACCACAGGCUCAGAGCCAAACUUUCCUGAUGGGAGCCAACUCUUAACAUGAAGCUAGGCAGGCACAUUACAACUUCAAUUUUGACCCCAAUUGAUAGGCAAGUACUGAGGGAUACUUGCCUUCCCACCCCCUCUCCACCCCAAGAUGGGAAGAACACAGAAUAAAAGGAGUCUCUCUUAGGGAUGAGCCCAGAGAAAACAGAAUGGGCUUUUGUAUUGGAAGAAAGGAACCACAGUGAGAAAAAAGGGCCCAGGCAGCAUACAGGGUGAGAGGAUGGAGGUAAUAAUGGGGAGGGAUGAUGAGUAGUGAAGGAGACGCUCCACUCUUUGGAAGUACAGUUUCUAGGAGACCAGUAUUUGUCCUCUUGCCCACUGGUCCAGAUCUAGUUUAGUCCAGGGCAGGAUAGUGCUCCAAUUGGCUUCCAAAGACAUCCGGGGAAGGGCAAAAGAGAACAGAGGGAGAGAGGGCGAAAGGAAGUUCUAUAGGAAGCAGGCCCUACUCUGC